AUUACGUUGAUUGAAGGUUAUCACAGUUCUCUGCUGCCGAGUACGGAAAUUUGCGGAGUUUCUUCAGCGGAGAGGAUUUUGGGUGGUGAGGAAACAGAAUUAGAUGAGUUUCCUUGGAUGGCACUUCUACAAUAUACAAAACCAUUUGUCCAACCGAUUUGCUUGCCCUGGGGCAGUCAAAUGUUUGAGGAUUACUUGGGAACAUCUGCUGAAGUAGCAGGAUGGGGCAUACUGAAUAUUAAUGAGCAAAAGUUAAGUCAAGUCCUCAUGGUGGUAACUUUACCGAUUGUGGAUAUGGCAAAGUGUGAGAAAAGCUUUAAAAAAUAUACCACGCUUUCUAAGAAUCAACUUUGCGUGGGCGGGAAUGAAGGAAAGGACUCCUGUGGUGGCGAUUCAGGAGGGCCCCUUAUGAAACCAUCCGCGGCACAUGGAGCGCCAAGGUAUUACGUCAUAGGACUUGUUUCGUUUGGGUCGAAACGUUGCGGACUAUUUCCUAUUCCAGCAAUAUAUACGAACACUGCGAAAUAUUUGGAUUGGAUACUGGGCCACUUAAGACCUUGAUUGUUUUAUGUACAUUUUUUUAUCGAAAAUACGUUUAUAUUUUCUUUUUCUUUAAUACAAAAGCAUUUUUUAAUCAUU